AUGACCCAUUCAAAAGUUAAAGUUCAAGAAUUCACAAAACUUUGUUAUUCGUAUUCUCUAAUUAGUUGGAUUUUUUCACUGACUUAUAAUUUACAGAAACGACUUCUAGAGUUUUGUUUUUCUGACCGUCUCAAUCCUGUUGUUACUACCGAAGAUUUGUAUGAUAAAAUUCACAAGAUUCCAUGGGAAAUCGUAGAGCCACCUAUAAUUAUUCUUGAUAGAAAUGUUAUAUCCAAAGAAAUUCAAGUGUUCAAUCCAAGAUAUCCAACAUAUGUACUGUCGGUUUCUGGGUCGAUUCAAAAUCUAAAAACGCUGUUCGAUAAAUUGAAAUCAACAACAAUGUGGAGUGUUGAAUCUUACUUUUUUAUCGUUGAAGUAAAAAAUUUUUGCGAAAACGCUGAUGAAGUUCUCAAAUUAUUAUGGAAGAUCGAUUUACUGUCAUCUUUUUAUUUGUGCCGAAAAUCUGACUCUGGCGAUUUGAUCAUCUACAAUUACAACCCAUUUACCAACUACGCACCAUAUCCAUGGAGAAGCGCUGAAACAACUAGUCAAGAAAUUGCUGAGAAGGGAACACUAUUUUAUCAACAUUUCGAUAAUGAUCGGAGAGUUUGUCACAACAUUACCUUUGAUAAAACUAAAAAUCUACGCAAUCAUCAAAUAAAAACUUUAUAUCCGUUGGCAGUACCAAAAGCUACUCGUGAUAAUGUGAUUGAUGUUAGGAGUAUAAAUCUUACACUUAUUCGAAAUCCAAAAGAACCAUCUGUGGAUUUUUUAUUCAAUUUCUUGAAUAUAACACCAUCUCCAUAUUUUAUUCAUAUGGAUGCUGUGAUUGAUGCUUCGAAGAAAGGAUACCUCAAAGCAUUAGCUAGUGGUAAUUACGAUAUUAACGAAAGAAAUAUGCCCAUUGCGAGUACUAAUUAUGAAUAUACUGAUAUACUGACUUAUUAUAAAGAAAUUAAAUUUUCAAUAAUAACUCAAAAACGGACUUUCUUGGCAAUAAUCAAUCAAAUUGUCAGCGAACACAAUUACGAAAUAAUUUUAUUUUCGAUCAUUGUUAUAUUAUCAGUUGCUAUUCCUAUACUAAUACACAAUUAUUUUGCAUUCGCUAUUCAGAAUGAAAUAUCGGCUCUUUUAGCGGGACCGUCUCAUUACACUAUUGAUACAUUGCAAAACUUGUUUGAUUAUCGUUAUCAUGUCUUUUAUGAUCAGGAAUUACAUCAGGAUAUAUUAAACAAAAAUAUAUGGGUUACUAAUGACGAUAAAAAAUUCUUGCAUUCUUGUGGUUAUGAAAAACUAUUUGAUUGCUCUAAAAAUGUUCGUGAAAAUUCUACAAUCGCUUGUAUUUAUCUAACUAAAUUACAAUUACCCUACGUGAAACGAUUGUCAAAUUUGUAUGUGUCUAAAAUUCCAGUUUUUACAAAAUAUUAUGCCCCGUGGACCCGGAAAAACUGGGCCCUAAAAAAGAAAUUUGACAAACUCGGACAGAGAGUAUUUGAUUCCUGGUUUAUUAAUUAUGAAGAUAGAAAAAUCAUUAUUAAUCGAUUGAAGAAAAUAAGAAAGAAAGAAAGAAUAGAAGCCUCUGAACAAAUUGACGAAGUAACCGAAAACGAUUUAAUACCUGCUUACAAAUUUUUUGGGGUUAGUUUGAUCAUUGCGUUAUUAAUUUUUUGUGUCGAAGUAAUAAUAGAAAAAAUGUCUACUCAUUCUAAAACCGAUCAUAAGCAAACGAUGACAAGAGUUGAACCAAAAAUUGAGCGCUCUAAGCGCCGAAAGACUAUCAAAAAAUACAAGCGAAAUCGUAAUCGAAGAUCUUAG